CUCUCGCUCGAGUCCGACCUUUCCUGCCUUCAAAUAAAAUUUGGUUUCAGAGACUUUCUGCUCAUUUUGGUUUAGCUGUUUCAUAUUUCCCGCGCAAAAUGCCUGCCCAAGGGGACAAACCAUUGAAGAAACAGGAGGCUGAGGACGAAGAGGACAAAAGAAGUCUCAGUACUUAUCGGAAGAAAUCCGUUAAUGGCAGCGCAGAAUCUCGCUCUAAAGUAGCCAAAGUGAAGAAAGAAGAACCCAGUGAAGAUGGCGAAGUCUCUGACGUUAGGAAAAAUUCGAAGAAGGUCGUGAAGAAGGAAGAGGAUGAGGAUUUGGAGGAUGAAAAACCUUUGAGUUCUUCUCUCGCAGAGAAGAAGAAGAAAUCCAUGAACGGCAGCGUAAGUCAAGGAAAAGUGAAGAAAGAAGGAGCCAAAGUCGACAAGAAAAAGAAGAAGAAAAAGAUGCAGGAAGAGGAUAAGAAGAAGGCGGCAGCAGCGGAGCAGAACAAUAAGAAGGAGAGGAAGGUGUUUGAUUUGCCUGGUCAGAAGCGCGUCCCGCCUGAGGAAAGAGACCCUUUAAGAAUAUUCUACGAAACACUGUAUCAACAACUUCCCAAGAGUGAAAUGGCAGCUUUCUGGAUGAUGGAGAGUGGGCUUCUACCUCUACAGGAGGCAAAGAAAGUUUAUGAGAAGAAACUGAAGAGGAACCAGGAACAGAAGCUGAGGUCUCCAGUGAAAGCGAUUGCCUCAGUGAAGAAAACCGUGAAUAGUGUGACCGUUAAAAAGGCCAAGGCCUCAACAUCUCCGGCCUCAUCGGCAAAGAAGAAGUCAGUGGUGGAGUCGAAAACCGUGAGCACAACAACCGUGUCAAAGAAGUCCAAUAAGCGCAAGAGUAGGGACGACGACAGUGACAUCUCAGAUGAUGACUUUGUUUUGGCUAAGAAGAAAAAGAAGCCCAGAGCCACAUAAAAGCUGGAAAGA